GAAGCCUGUGUGCAGUAAGAGGUUGCCAGCCUAGGCUUAGUGGUGCUUCUCCAGUGCUGUGGCUCGGGUUUUGGUACUAAAGGCCGAGACUGUCCUGGCGUCGACGACCUCUGCGGCGAAGGCUUAGGCUCUCAGAGAGUGGUAGAGUACCGACUGGAAGAAGAGCUUCUGAUCAGCCUAGGUGGGCUCCGGCGCCAAGACCUGCGGAUCUAAGUGCUCCCUGCGCCCCCUUUUCAUCACCAUCGAGAUUGUGAAGGGGCAGCGCGUGCUUGCCUUACUGCCUGUAGGGCGAGGAAGUCCGCAGGAUCCCACGUCGCAGCCAUUCGCGAGAAGGCCUCCUUCUUCGGACCUAAUUUGGAGACUGGUCACUUUUCUCCGGUGUCUCCAGCAAGUAGCUGGAAGGUGAACAUAAGAGAGGCAGAAGAAUUUGAGAGAGGCAGACUACACUGAACAGGGAGUUUUGCAAGAGUCUAUCAUAAUGAAUGGAUCCAGCAUGGCAAAUACAUCACCCAGUGUAAAAUCCAAAGAGGACCAGGGGUUCAAUGGCCAUGAUGAGAAGGAAAACCCAUUUGCAGAGUACAUGUGGAUGGAGAACGAAGAGGAUUUCAACAGACAGGUGGAGGAGGAGCUGCAGGAGCAAGACUUCCUGGACCGCUGCUUUCAGGAGAUGCUAGAUGAGGAAGACCAAGACUGGUUUAUUCCAGCACGUGACCUGCCUCAGGCCAUGGGACAGUUGCAGCAACAGUUAAAUGGACUGUCAGUCAGCGAUGGUCAUGAUUCUGAAGAUAUUUUGAGCAAAAGUAACCUGAACCCAGAUGCCAAGGAGUUUAUUCCAGGAGUGAAGUACUGAUUCAAGAGAAAGCUUCGAGAAGGACUUACCUGUCCCCACAUCUGGGGAUAGCAGUGCACAAAAGGGCAGAGCUGAAGAGGGGGUGGGGUGGGCAAGGGGUACACAGCCGGGAUGGGGAAUGGUGGUUUAGAUGGGUACUGUGGCUAAUGUGCUCAGUCUUACUACAAGCCUCUGAGUAUUUAUUUCUCUUUUGUUCUACUGACUUUUAUUUGGAGCAGUUUCUUGUUUUGUUUCAAAUUAGCUCUUCUGAGUUAAGGAAAUUGUGAUCAAGAAUGUCCUGCUGGGGAUUUAGCUCAGUGGUUCUGGUGCCUGCCUCGCAAGCGCAAGGUCCCGAGUUUGAUCCCCGGUACCAAAAAAAAAAAGAAUGUCCUGCUGUCUAUAUUAAAAUAAGCUGACCAAGCAAAGUAGGGUAUUUUAGAAAUACCCUUCUCACCUGUUGUAUACGUACCAGGAGCAAGGAACAGCAGAGAUCUACUUGUGGAGUCUAUUAAGCUCAAUGUUUCUUCAAGCUGAAGAAACAGAUCACACAAACCAGAGGAGGAAGCCCAGCUGCCAUGACCCUUGGGGUUUCCACAAUGCACUGGGGUUCUCAAUGGCCUGCUGAGCUCCUAUCUCCCUGCUCUAAACCCCAUUCCAAAAAGAGCUAUUCUUGGUUUAUGGUAACUUUUUGAAGAUUGGUGAAAGUUGUAAAAAGAAGGGGAAGAUUGUCAUAGUGAUUGUCACUUCAGUCAUUUAGUAACUAUUGUCCUAUUCUUAAGCCUCUAUUUACAGCUACCAUUAGAUCCUUAUUAGAUGAAAGAGAACUUUGGGUUGAUUUGCCAUCUUGACCCCCCCAUGGUGUCUAUUCCCCUUGACUCUUCCAUCCCAGCCCUACUGUUUCUAAGAUGUUACCAAAAGUAUAUGAGAGGCCUUCUGGCCAUCAGCUUGGCCUGGAGAAAUCAUCCUUGAAUCAUAUUUUUUACAUCUUAAAUUUAUUAGGACAACUUACUAUUUUUUUUAGUAUUAUUAUAUUGUAACCCCAUCAACACUUGGUUCUCCUGGUAUCUUAAUUUCCUCAGAAAGGUUAUUCACUUUUUCAAGGAAAUAUGUUUUUCAGGACACUAGCAAGAAGCUCAUUACACAAUGUGUAUGCUUCUCCUCACCUUACAGGAUUAUGCAAAAGAAUUGAGAAAUGACUUGGGAGUCCUUCUUGGCCCACAUGAUUGAACCUGAUCCUCUGAGACAGUUAAAGGUAUUAUCAAAUGUUACAAUUCCCACACACCCAGCUUUUUGAGUUUUCUAGGUUGACCUCUCUAGGUGAGCUCCUGUUGUCUUCCAUGCCUAUAAUGCUGAGGUUUUUUGGUUGAUACUCCCAAGGAACUAACCUGUGCACCAAGAGCUGCCUUUAUGUAUAGAGAUGUAGAUGGCGGUGUCAUGUGUGAAAGAGAAUGUGUCCAGUUCUGGUCAUUCUCAGGACAAGGACUUGUAGAGGCCUGAGAAUGUAGUGGCCUUUGUAUGACUGCUACUGGGCUGUGUGGUGCCCUAUAAAGGAAAAAUCAUGUAAUUUGAAAUAAAGUUGGUGUAAAUUCAGUAUGUGGAUAUAGGGCAGAGGUUGGAAGGAAAGGACUAGGGUGUGGAAAGUGGAAGAAAUUCUUGUUCUUAUGAACCCACUUGUUGAAUUGUUUUUUGUAGUAACAGGGAUUGAAUCCAGAGCCUUGCACAUGCUAGGCAAUGUACUUUACCACUGAGAUACACCCCAGCCCCUUGUUGACAUUUUUGAACAGGUACAGGCUAAUGCCAAAUUCAAAAUACAAACCUACAUCUUUCCCUCAGUUUAUAAGGUUGGAAGGGUAGCUUAGGGAACUUGCAUUGCCAGACAUGCACAUUAAUUUCCAAAGCUUCUGCUCAAGAGAAUGCAACUGUUAAUUCUUUUUGAGGGAGGACUCUGAAUAAAGAAACUUCUUUACUCCAACUUUCAGCUGGGUUUGUUGGAAAGGGCAUUGGAAGUACAGUGGAUCCUUGACUUACGAACUCAGUUCGUUCACAAGGGCUGGUUGAAGGCUCAAGCUCCUCCACACAGCCUUCAACGUCUCUCUCCUUUAUACAGGCAGAUCUCAGUGUCCUUAGAAAGACAUUUGCCCAGUAUUUCUCAACCCCCACACAACAAAGGAUGUUGUAAUGUUCCUUCCAGAAUUUUUUAAGGGUUAAAUCUGUAUCUGAGAUCAUCUAGAAGCACAAGUGGCCAGCAUUGGGGUUGAAACUCAAGACUUUGUUCAUAAGUUAAAACUAAAAUUCUGGUUGUAACCCAAGUUGUUUGUAUGUCAGGCCAGUCAUAACGUGAGGGUCCAUUGUACAUAAAUAGAGGAAAUCUCUUUCCUGGGGCUGCUGUUCCUGCUCCAGUCUGCAUUAGCCAGUCUAAGCUCAGAAUGGUGAAUUGAAGGCUGUUGGAAAUGUGUUGGAGUUUCAGGAAGAGCCUUUUUCAAGACCCUGGAUAUCUCCAUCACAAAGAAUAUAAUAGACUCUUGUUUGGCGACCCAUCUGGAAAGUCCUACAAGGACCCAGAGUGGCUAUGUGUCCAUCCUGAAGGUUUGUUUUUCUGAUACUAGGAUAAGUUAAGGUUCUGAGUGUGGUCCAAGAGGGCUCAUCUUGCCCUCUGCUGUGCUGGCCCAUUUUGGAUGUCAGUCUUCAACAUGGUUUCACAAAGCAUAUUUGGUCAAGACUAAGACAACUCUACCGGAUGACCUGGAACCUGAGGGCUAGAGUUUCCUGACCUACAAAGAUAGGCAGUGUGCUGACUCCAGGAUCAGGAAGCAGCUAGCAAGAUGAUCCCUUGUUUAAGGCAUAGGACUAGCGCCUCCAGUGAUUGCUCCUAUGGCCCAACUCUUUUGCAUUUAAUUUAUUUUGUGAGGUAGGGGCACAAUUGUCCCUCAGGCAUCAGGCUCACCUCUAAAGAGUUUUGUUUUUUAAAGGGAAUUAGUUUUUUUUUUUGGUACCGGGGAUCGAACUCGGAUCCUUGCGCUUGUGCAGCAGGCGGCAAAACCACUGAGCUAAAUCCCCAAACCUCUAAAGAGUUUGCCAACUUCUUAGCAUAAAAGUCAUGUGGGUUUUAUAGGCCUUUCACCAAAUAAGGGCUGGGCUCCUCAAUUUCAGACUUUUCUUCUUAGUAGAGGUUCUGGGUGUGAGCCAGGCUGGACACUUUUGCCCUUUAAUGACAAUGCUGGUAUUUAUAAGUGAUGAUUUUGAUGUUGAGUUUAAGCUGUUACUCUAUUUUGUUUUGGCAACUAGAAGUUUGAGAAUUUAUAUAGAAAUGGAAUGUGUAUUUUUUAACAGUUGCCAAUCUGGCUGGUUCCAGUGUUAGUUUAUUAGUGAUUAAUUUCUGAUUAUUGUGAUUAUUUAUUUGACUAGAAAACUCUAAGGUGGAAAUAAUUUCUUUUUCUUCAAGAAAAAAAAAUUAAAAGAAUGUCUUUUCAGUUUCUCCAGACCUUUGAACUGCAACAGAAAAUUGGAGAAUAUAACCUAGCCCUGGGCAUAUGCUGCUCUGGGUCUUGGGCCAGUUUCUGUCUACAGUAAGUUGACUUUUGGGUAUCAUGUAAGGGCAGGCCAUAAAGAUUGUAAAGAAAAGACUGGAUCUUUUAAAAAACUCAGUUUCUAAAGUCAUAGCUAAGAUAUCUUUAAUCGAGAUUAUAAUGCUAACUAUGGCUUAAAAGUAAAUGUUUUUAGUGAAAUACUAAGCAGCAUUUCCCAAAUCAUGUAUUGCUAUGUCAGAGUUUUGUCUUGAUUUUAGAGAGGCUAAUGAGGUCAGAUGAAUACAAUGGCAAUUAACAUAUUAGGAAAGUUGUGUGGAGAUGUAGCUAAAGGAAACAAUUGGAAUGAAUCUUCUUGCCUUAGGACUCCUGCAAAGCCUAGGUCAGUGAUGGCAAACACUUUAGGGCUUUCAGUGAUAACAAUCCACUAUGGCACACUUACCGUAGGUAAGUCUGCCACCAUUUCCCUAGGUAGAUGAGUAACUGCCUAUGUUCCAGAAUCCACCCUCUGGUGACUGGUGGGGUAGCCUUUCAGUAAGGGUCUUGGUAUUACAGGCUAAUAACUUUGUUUGGUUCUAGUAAUACUGAGGUAUAGGAAUUGGUAGAAAAAUGACAAAGUUGACCAAGAUUUGUCCCCUAUUGUAUUCCCAGCCACUCUCCUCCAGGAUAAUGUAAAUAUCCUUCCUUAUCUUGACAAGUGUAUAAAGAAAACCUGUGAAAUGACCCUGAUUUGGUGUUUAUUGAGACCUUGAUCUCCUGCCACACUUCCCCUCAUGAGUCAUUUCACUCUUCAUUGCCUGUAGGGAUUGUUAGUUCUGCUGGUUGCUCUGUAAGGUACAGCCUGUGUGCUCUGCUCCCUGUGAAUUUCAUCCACAGACUUGGUUAGUCAUAAUUUGUAAAGAGCAUCCCCCCACCCUUUUCAUCUUCUCCCAUACUGAGGCUGCUAUUGUGGCAGGGACAAGGGAGCAGGAAGCCUACCCAAAUUAACACUCAAAUUUCCUUCAUAUUACUUGGUCUUUAGCCCUCACUACCCAACCCCCUACUGCUGUUCCUAGUCUCAUUUUUAGGGGAUUCAUGAGAAUAGGACAUAUGGAUACAUUGAUCUUUAUAGGGUGUCAGCCGUGAGAUGCAUACUUCCCCUCCCAGAGGACAGGAGAGAAAUCUGUAAAGCGACAGAUGCACCAUCUUUAUUUUACAAACUUUUUAAAGCCUCCUCAGAUUUUGUUGCUAAGAGUCUCAUUGCAAGAUUUGUUCAGCUGUCUUCCCCAUAUCUAUACCUUUUUAUUGGCUAUCUUUUAUUUAAAAAUAAUAAACACUUUUAGAUUAAUACUUUUAAAAAAUGGAAAUCAUUUUUUUUCAGUGCUGGGGAACAAACUCAGGGCCUUGCACAUGCCAGGCAAGCACUCUACUAAUGAGCUAAAUCCCCAGCCCCACAAUAAUAAACAUUUUAAAUAUCUUACUAUCUUAUAAAUAAUAAAAUAUAUUUUCUAUAAAAUAGUAAGAUGUUUCACUCUGUCCUGUUGUGAGCUUUCAAAAAUGCUUAAUGCUUGACAGGUGGUUGGUUAAGCAGGGAGUUCUUUUUUAAAAAACAAUUUUAGUGAUGCAUAUUUUACUUACAGUAAAUUCUCACAUUUCAAGUGUAUAAGUUGGUGGUUUCAGUAACUUUCCUCAGUGGUGUAGCCAUAACCAUUACUUAGCUUUAGAAUGUUUUCAUCCCUCCCAAUAAGAUCCUUCAUGAUCAUUUAGUCAGCCCUUGCUCCCAUCCCCAUCACUUUGUUUCUGUAUAUACACCUUUUCUGGACAUUUCACGUCAGUGGAAUCGUACACUAUGUGCCAUCUGGUUCUUUUCACUUAGCACGUUUUUGAGGCUUGUCCGUGACAUGUUUUGGUGGUUCUUUUUAUGGCUGAACAAUAUCCCAUUAAUGGGUAUGCCAUUAUGUCAGCAAAGAACCUUUUAAACUUGGAUUUCAACUUCCUAUGGUCCAAAUGGAAGCCUCUAAACGUAGAGUUCCAUAAGGGAAGCUACUGUGUAUGUCAAAGAAAUUCCUUUUCAAAACCAGCUUUGCUAUCAGAAGUUCCAUAAAAGGAGCCUCAGCUGCUGCACAGAUUUUUAUAAUUUUCAAUUUCUUUUUUAUAAGCAACUUUUAUGCUGUCUGCUACACAUCAGGAUUUUUGAAGCAUCUGAUAGAUCCAUUCAAUGAGCAUGUGCUUGAGUGGACAAGCAAGUAAAACCAUCAGUGCUGUGCUGGAUGUUUCUUUUCCCCCUAGACUGGAUGGGGGAAUCUCUGAACUUUCUACAUACAGUGUCAUGUCUCCAUUUAUAAAACUGACCAUGUAUUAAAGGUUGUACUGCCUUUGUUGGACACAUUUGGAGGGAAAGAGGGCCCACAACAGAGGUGGAAAGGAAAAAGGAAUGGAGCUUGUGGAAUAAGAAGCCCCAGAGGGUCUGUGCAUGGCCCGCCAGCUGGCUGUGGAUGGUGACAAGUGUUAAUGGUGACCUGGGCAGCCUGGCACCUCAGCUGGCCUAGGUCUAGAAUCAUGUUUCUGCUUCACAAGUGUUUAAAAGCUGGCUUUUCUUCCCUCCUAAAUAAACAUUACAUGGCAGUUAUUAAUACUGUUUGGGGGGAGGGAAAGGGAUUUAAAACAAAAUAAUUUUCAUAAAAACGGAAAAAAGUCACUUGAAAAAAUUGCUAUACAAACUGAAUGGCAGCUGUUGAAAAUCUCAAUAAAAUGAGAAUAAAAUGUA